ACGCUCCAAUCCUGCCUCCUCCUCCUCAUCCGGGGAGCGGCCGCUCGGAGGGAGGAGGCUCCACGGCGUGCCGGGACAGCGCCGGGAGCAGGGAACGCCAUGGCGGAGCGGCUGUCGGAGGAGCAGAUCGCCGAGUUCAAGGAAGCUUUCUCCCUCUUUGACCGGGAUGGGGACGGCUGCAUCACCACCAAGGAGCUGGGCACCGUCAUGCGGUCCCUGGGGCAGAACCCCACGGAGGCCGAGCUGCAGGACAUGGUGGGAGAGGUGGAUGCCGACGGCAGCGGCACCAUCGACUUCCCCGAGUUCCUGUCGCUGAUGGCGAGGAAGAUGCGGGACACGGACAGCGAGGAGGAGAUCCGGGAGGCUUUCCGCGUCUUCGAUAAGGAUGGCAACGGGUACAUCAGCGCGGCGGAGCUGCGGCACGUCAUGACCAACCUGGGCGAGAAGCUGACGGACGAGGAGGUGGAUGAGAUGAUCAAGGAGGCCGACUGCAACAACGACGGGCAGGUCAACUACGAGGAGUUCGUGAGGAUGAUGACGGAGAAGUGAGAUCCCACUGCCAGCAGCAACCUCCAGCCCCAUCGCACAGGGAACAGAGGUUUUGGUGGUCUCCCAACCUUUCCAUCCCCUACUGCCUUCACUCCACCAUCCAGGGCUGGAAAACCCUCUUCCAUC